AGAAUUCCCAAUUCCCAAUUCCCAAUUCUAAUUUCAAUUCCAAAUCGUUCGCAAAGCUCGAUUCACAAUCACACCUCUGGAUUCUUGAUUCAGCCAUGGCGACCGCGAUGGUUCUCGACCCUAAGCCAUCUCAAUCCCAACCACCGCCGACGCGACCGAUACCUGAAACCGACGCUUCGCCGUCUACGGAUCCGGAGGACGACCUGUACUCCCGUCUGAAGACGCUGCAGCGGCAGCUCGAGUUCUUCGAAAUACAGGAAGAGUACGUCAAGGACGAGCUGAAAAACCUCCGGCGCGAGCUUCUGCGCGCGCAGGAGGAGGUGAAAAGGAUCCAGUCUGUGCCCCUCGUUAUCGGUCAGUUCAUGGAGAUGAUCGAUCAGAACAACGCCAUCGUCGGGUCGACUACUGGAUCCAAUUACUACGUGCGAAUCCUCAGCACCAUAAACCGUGAGCUCCUCAAGCCCUCCGGCUCGGUUGCUUUGCAUCGUCACUCCAAUGCCCUCGUCGACGUACUCCCCCCUGAAGCGGACUCGAGUAUCUCCCUUCUCAGCCAAUCGGAGAAGCCUGACGUUAACUACAAUGAUAUUGGUGGGUGUGACAUUCAAAAGCAGGAAAUUCGUGAAGCUGUGGAGUUACCUCUGACACACCAUGAAUUGUACCAGCAGAUUGGUAUAGAUCCUCCACGUGGUGUGUUGCUCUAUGGUCCACCUGGCACUGGGAAGACCAUGCUUGCAAAGGCUGUUGCGCAUCACACUACUGCAUCCUUCAUCAGAGUAGUUGGCUCAGAAUUUGUUCAAAAGUACUUGGGAGAGGGCCCUCGAAUGGUUCGUGAUGUUUUUCGCCUUGCAAAAGAAAAUGCACCUGCUAUCAUUUUCAUUGAUGAGGUUGAUGCAAUAGCUACAGCUAGGUUUGAUGCUCAAACUGGAGCCGAUCGAGAGGUUCAGCGUAUUCUCAUGGAACUGUUGAAUCAGAUGGAUGGAUUUGACCAGACUGUUAACGUGAAGGUAAUCAUGGCAACUAACCGAGCUGAUACAUUGGAUCCAGCUCUUCUCCGUCCAGGAAGGCUUGACCGUAAAAUUGAGUUUCCUUUGCCAGAUAGGCGUCAAAAGAGGCUCGUCUUUCAGGUGUGCACAGCUAAAAUGAAUUUGAGCGAUGAGGUAGAUUUGGAGGACUAUGUUUCUCGGCCUGAUAAAAUCAGUGCAGCUGAGAUUGCAGCUAUUUGCCAAGAAGCAGGCAUGCACGCAGUAAGAAAGAAUAGGUACGUUAUACUUCCAAAAGAUUUCGAGAAGGGGUACAGAUCCAAUGUCAAGAAGCCCGACACUGACUUUGAGUUCUACAAGUGAUUUUGAUGAGAUCCAGUGAGUUUUCUAGCAUACUCAUAAUCUCCUGCUUCUCACCCUUGCCACAUUAAACUCGUAAGGAAACCCCACGCGAUGAUUCCCUUAUUCUGGUGCGCAACUUUCACUAAAUAUUUGUCUAAAUGUCGACUCUGUUAAAUAUAUGCUUAGUUACGUGGUCAUUUUCCAUCCAUCUCUUAUUAUUAGCAGCUGUUUGAUUCUGACAUUUUGUGCCAGUGUGUUAAAAUUAAGCAGCAUCUUUUGCGCUCUACUUUUGAGCUGUGAUUAUCCAUUCCAGGUUUUGUUUGAUUGUUUGCAAUUUAUGUUUGUGUACAUGUGUUA